ACCAGGAGCUACAAGAAAAUACACUACGGUCGCUUCUAAUUCCAUGGAACCGCAAUCCGUAUCGGACUCAGCACCUAACACGUAUUCCAAACAACACGACGCAUGGUAUUCCAGUACUAAUAGUCCGCACGACACUUUGCCGUGCAGUUUUAUGAAUUUACCUACAGUGUUGCAAAAUUAUUUCACUCUAUACACCGAUACAGAUAAUCAAGCGGGUUAUCAGUGGCCUCGUUUGAACAGGCAUAUAAAUAAAUUUGAUUUGAACGCUGCUGUAGGUACACAAAUUGUACAUUACGAAUAUAGCCCAAAAAUGAGUCUAUUGAGUAAACCUGUCAACAGCCAUCAGACCUACUAUUGGCCGGACACCAGUAAUAGUAAUUACAAUCAAUGUCAACAGGCUGAUUAUUUUUGUCCCAGUGGUUCUGCCAUUACAAAAUUUAAAAGAGGCAAAUAUUGUUCUACAAAUAUAACUCAACAAGCAAUGGACAUUACGUCCGUACACGAAAGCUCAAAAAGUUGGUCUUACGUGAAUUCUGGUCGACAUAUAUCCUUAAUAGAACUAUCGCAUGUACUCGUUAAAAAAAAUUCACAUUACACACCUUCUGAGGCACAACCAUCCUUACACGUGGGUGUUUAUCCUGUACCCAGAGUUACAGCAAAAGACAAUAUCGUUGUUCCUACAAAAUUUUUAGAUAUCGAAGCGUACUAUACGGUGGAAACGACUUGUAUAGUUAAAUUCGGCUAUCCUACAGUAAUGGCACAUUUCAAAGAUUGUAACGUAAAUAUUGAAAAAGAAAUAUUCACUAUGGCCGUAGCGGCUGGUGUGGCAGAAGCGGACGGUAAUUAUUCUACCUGUUACGGUAAGCAUUCUUUGAAAACAGUGGAUGCGGAAAACUAAUAUCGGCGGCCGUUUUCCAAACUGUCAGAGAAAAUUUGGCCGCCA